AUGGGAAAACUGAUUUUCUGCCACCUCACGGCUUCUUGUGGUAGGGACCUAUCCUUAGUAUUUGAGACCAACCAGUAUCUGACAGAUUUGGAAUUUGUAAAAAAUACCCUGGAAGAUUCAGGAAUGAAGCUCCUGUGUGAAGGAUUGAAACAGCCAAACUGUGUAUUACAUACACUGAGGUUGUACCGAUGCCUUAUCUCUCCUGCUUCUUGUGGGGCACUAGCAGCUGUUCUUAGCACCAAUCAGUGGCUCACCGAGUUGGAAUUUUCUGAAACAAAACUGGAAACUUCAGCUGUGAAAUUUCUUUGUGAAGGCUUAAAAGAUCCAAAUUGCAAAUUGCAGAAGCUCAAGUUGUGUGCUAGCUUUCUCCCAGAAAACUCAGAGGCUGUGUGCAAGUAUCUCGCCUCUGUUCUUAUUUGCAACUCAACCCUCACUGAGCUGGACCUGAGUGAAAAUCCCCUGGGAGACACUGGGGUGAAGUAUCUCUGUGAAGGUCUCAGGCAUUUCAACUGUAAAGUGGAGAAGCUAGACUUGAGCACAUGUUGUCUCACAGAUGCUAGCUGUGUGGAGCUCUCUUCUUUCUUGCAAGUGAAUCAGACUUUAAAAGAGCUGUUUGUGUUUGCCAAUGCCCUGGGGGACACAGGAGUACAGCGUCUCUGUCAAGGUCUGGGACAUGCAAAGGGUAUAAUUGAGAACCUUGUGCUUUCCGAAUGUUCCCUCUCUGCCACUUGCUGUGAACCACUUGCCCAAGUCCUAAGCUCCACCCGGAGUCUGACAAGGCUGCUUCUAAUUAAUAACAAAAUUGAAGAUUUGGGACUGAAACUGCUGUGUGAAGGAUUGAAACAGCCUGACUGUCUAUUAAAGGAUCUGGCACUGUGGACUUGUCACCUGACUGGAGCAUGUUGUCAGGAUUUGUGCAAUGCACUCUACACCAAUGAACAUCUGAGAGACCUUGACCUCAGUGACAAUGCCUUAGGGGAUGAGGGCAUGCAGGUGCUAUGUGAAGGGCUGAAACACCCCUGCUGCAAACUACAGACCUUGUGGUUAGCAGAAUGUCAUCUCACAGAUGUGUGUUGUGGAGCCCUUGCCUCUGUCCUUAACAGAAAUGAGAACCUGACAUUGCUAGACUUAAGUGGAAAUGACCUCAGGGAUUUUGGAGUGCAAACAUUGUGUGAUGCACUGAUUCAUCCAAUAUGUAAACUACAGACAUUCUAG